GAAAAAAAAAAAGUUCAGCUUGAUGAAUUUUUAUGAGCUGAACAAAUACAUUAAUAUUUCUGCCAUACAACAUAUGAACAUUUACAUUACCUGGGAUAAAAGGAGAUUAUAAAUAUGCUCGUCUCACGUCAGUAGACCAGAUGGUGAAAACCUGGGAGUUUGGGAUUUUGGAACUGAGGAUAAGGGGCCAUGGGCCUGUGUAGGUAGGAGAGAGAGAGAGAAGCGUGAGCUAAAGAUCAGAGGAGUGCAUAGAAAAGGCUUCAGGGUCAGGUGGAAUUGGAGCUAGAGUCCCUGGACGUCCUUCCAGGCUGGUGCUUGCUCAUAUUCCACCCCACCCCCACUUUCUUGCUCUUUGCCCAGGAGUGCCCGUCCAGAUGCCAGACCCACUGGGGAACCCUCUGGGAGACUGAAGACCCAGGCUGAAGCUGACUGGCCCUGAGCCCUAGGCCAGGGCGAUGGCAGCCCCCCCAGAGCCUCAGGACCAAGCCCCUGAGGAGAGAGAAGGGCUUCUGAUCGUGAAGGUAGAAGAUUCCUCCUGGGAGCAGGACCCUGCCCGGCCAGAGGACUGCGGGGACCCAGAGGUGUGCCGCCGGCGCUUUCGGCAGUUCUGCUACGGGGAUGUGGGCGGGCCCCACGAGGCCUUCAGCCAGCUCUGGGAGCUCUGCUGCCGCUGGCUGCGGCCCGAGCUGCGCACCAAGGAGCAGAUCCUGGAGCUGCUGGUGCUGGAGCAGUUCCUGAGCGUGCUGCCCGUGGGCGUCCAGGACUGGGUGUGCCAGCGGUGCCCAGGCAGUGGCGAGGAAGCUGUCGCCUUGGUGGAAGACCUGCAGAAGCAGCCAGUGAAAGCUUGGUCACAGGAUAUGCCCUCAGAGCGGGCGGAACCCGAGGCUGCAUUCCAGGGGUCCCAGGCCCAGGGGCCUCCCCAGAGGGCGGGGACACGAAGCCGGCCACCUGUACCCUGGGAGCCGCACAGCCGUGGUGCCCAGCUUCCAGCUCUUAAACAGGGGAACACCAGUGAGACGACAGAUACCUGCUUUGCCUCUGGGGGACCUGUGACAUUUGGAGACAUUCCCUUUUAUUUCUCCCGGGAAGAAUGGGGGUCCCUGGACCCUGCCCAGAGGGAUCUCUUCUGGGACAUAAAAAGGGAGAACUCUCGGAACAUUGCCCUGGGUUUGGGACGCAGGAGCCACAGUGAGAGGUCCCAGCUGGAGGAGGUGGUGACGGCGCUCCCGGACCAGGCUGCUGGCGACGAGACCACAUCCUGGAGGCCAGAGGAGGCCGAGGCCUGGGAGGGCGGAGCCCGGCCGGGGGCGCCCCGGGGNACCCUCCUGGGACCCUGGCUGACGCCCAGGGCAUGCAGUCCCCUGUGA